GACUUGUAAGGAAUUAUUAUUUCAAUAAGUUGUCUUGUUCUUAAUUCCAGCUGCUACAUUAAUUCAAACUGCUUUUCUUGUAGUCCGAACACAGAGUAAAACAAAUAGAGUAGAUGUUUCAGGUAUAAAGAGAGUUAUGUUGAUGUGCUCAGACACUAAAUGAUUCUGAAAAUGGAAGCUGAUUAGUUUUUGUCGUAUUCAAUAGUUUAUAACCUGACGAUAUUGGCUUUCCUGUAGAAUUAUGGCAUAGGCCGCUUACAGAUGCUGUUUCUGAAUUGAACAGUUGAAUGAACAGUUUGCAGAAGAUCAUCAUGGUACAUUCAGGUGCACUUUGUACACGAUCUAUUUUAAAAUAAUCAACUCAUUACGUCGUUGUGCAUGCAAUGUUAUUUAACACUUUAAAAGUAAUAUUCAGUACCUUGUCAAUUUUAACGUUAUUUGACUGUUUGUGAUUUUAAUUGAUAACAGCAGAACUUUCUAAAACGUUCCUAAAUAAUAGUGAUGUCUUUAUAUUUUAAUUGACACAUUAUACUAGAAUAGUAUAAUGGCCUUCUAGAAUAGUAUUUUUUAUUAUUUUAAGCUGACUGUCCAGUACCAGGGACAGCAGGAAACUGGAUUUAUAGUGUUUUUGAUGAACCACCAGUGGACACAAAUUGUAUGUCCACUCAUUUACUCUUAGAUUUUUUAAAAUCUUUUUACAAACUUUGGACUCAAAAUUAUGACAGAACUUUAUUAGAAUAAAAUCAGCAGAUCAGGUAACAUUUUCUCUGUAGACUCUGGAGCCUGGUGAGUUACAAUUAAGAAGAUGCAAAGGUGCAACAAAAAAACAAACAAACUAAGACCUGUAUCCUGCCUCAAGCAUAAAGGGCUGGAAAAAGAAACCACCGCUCUCCUGCAACUCUGCAAGUAUUAAUCAGGUCUAGAAAAUUGAAUGAUGGAUGAAUAAAUAAUACCUGUUAUUUGAUUACACGUUAUUGUCAUUGUACUAACCAAAACUACUAUUGCUACUGUAUGUAAAGUGUGUAACAAACUCAUUAUUCGCCCUAAACUAUGCAUGCACUCUCAUUAGUAAAUGUUGGAUAACAUGCAGCACAAUCUCUCUAAAAUAUUUGUAGCCAAGCCGUCUACUAAUAAUGGCACAAUAAUUUGAGAAUGGAUAGAACAUUCAAGAACCAGGGUUAGUUAAUUAUAGAUUAUUAUGGUUAAUUUGGAGUUUUUUUCAAUUGAGAUACUCAUGUACUUGUUAAUUUGAUUGCACCAUGCAGAUAACAAAUGUGUAGAGCAGAGGUGCCCAAAGUCGGUCCUGGAGGGCCGGCAUCCUGUGUGUUUUAGUUCUCUCUCUGGUUUAACACACCUGCAUCAAAUGAUGGCUCAUUAGAAGGUCUAAGAAGAACAUUGACAUGCUGAAAAGAUUUUUACCACCAGGAAGAGAACUAAAACAUGCAGGAUGCUGACCCUCAAGGACCGACUUUGGGCAUCUCUGCUGUAGAAGUUCAACAUUUUUGAAACACGUCUUGGCAAACAUCAGCCCAACACCAGUAUGAAGCUCCUCUGACCAUGAGCCGGGCCGCAGUGACAUGGUGAUAUGUUCUGAACAGCAUCGGGCAGCUGUGGAACCAAGGAGCGACAGCUGUUUGCCAAUGACUGGUUUGGAGGCUUUAGCCUCACCGCAGGCGGGGUAUUUGGGAAAAGUUCAGGAAAGAGCUGCUUCACUGGAGGACUGUCCUUGGUGUAACUCCAAAGGGUUGAUUUUUGCCUUACGCUCCUACCGGAUCAAUCUCCAGGAAUCCAUAACCCUCUGCACAAACCCACAGUGUCUUUUCCCGCUGGUUACUCGGCCCCUGGAGGAUGUUUUGGCUAGCCUGGAUCCUGUGGAGCCUACGGUUGGGAACAAAAGGAAAAACGCCUUGGCUGUGGAAGACGUGAUUGAAUCUCCGCUCAAACGGCAGCGAUUAAGCGAACAUGGCAAUCUCCGACUACAGAGUGUUUCUUAUGUGCCUGUCGGCUCUCUAGAGAAUUGCUCUUUAAACUCUGUGACAAAUGGCCACAGUGGAAACCCAAACACUGGAAGUGAAAUGGUGAAUGGAUACCACAAGGAAAGUGGUAUCCAUUCAAAGACACCGGACUGGGACGACGAAAACGUUCAGGACAGGGAUGAUCCUGCUCCCCCUGCAUGCUCCAGUUCUGUUGGAUUGUCUUCAGACGUUUUGUUGGCUGGUAAUGGAGCCGAGCCCUCUUCUCUCUCUCCGCACCUUGUCUACCCAGAUGCAGCAAAGCAGAACAAUAUUCCAGCAUUGAACACAUGUAGCAGAUCUAAUUCCAGUCAUGCCAUUUAUCCAGAUAAUAUCAAAACCCCAUCACCUCUAUGCGAUGAGCCGUCAAUGAAGGAAUCCCUCGAGGCAGACGUCUUCCCAUGUCGAGACGUUAACGGUUUCUGUUCAAAGAGUCGGGAUUCGUUGGACAAUUUUGUCUCUGUUCCAAAACAGUUUUUGUGGAGAAACAGCAACAACCUGUGCUGGCUGGACUCUCUGCUGGCUGUGUUGGUAAACUGUAAGAGCUUGAGAAAAUUUCGACCUGAACAUCAGCCUCAGCGCUCGUCUGUGUGGCGGCUGUUGAGACAACAUGAAGACAUCUGUGCUGCAGUCCAGGAACAUCAGCAAACUGACAAAGAGGGUGUUCCCCGGGUGCCGAGUCACGUGCUGCAAAACGCCCAUGUUGACCUGCAGAAUCUCAGAAUGUCUGUUUUCAAGCUACUGCAACCCAAACUGCACUGCAAACUGGGUCAGAGGGAAACUCCUGUUUUUGCCAUGCCUCUUCUGCUCAGGUUGGACUCCUGGGUGGAGCGUCUCUUCCAAGCAACUUUUCUCUGGGAGUUUAAGUGCAGUGCAUGCAAAGUUAUCACAAAAGAAAGGGUUGAAAAAACUCUCCCAACUUUCACAAAUAUUGUGCCUGAUUGGACUCCUCUCAAUGCAGCUCAUUUUGCUUCUUGUAAUGCAUGCUGCAAGAAGAACGAGAGGAGGACGAUGUUACUGGAGAGUGUAUCUCCCGUGUUUGCACUGCACUUUGUAGAGGGGCUUCCUCACAACAACGUUAGGAACUACGCCUUCAGCUUCAAGGGGAAACGCUACUCAGUGACUGCCGUUAUCCAGUACAGCCAACAACUCAAACACUUCAUCACCUGGAUUCACAAUGAGGAUGGAUCAUGGCUGGAGUAUGAUGAUUUAAAAAAUGCUUGUGAGACCCACCAACACUUGCAGAUCCCCAGUCAGGAAAUUCAUGUUGUCUUCUGGGAGGAGGAAGACAACAAGCAGCCGUCCUUCUGUUCUCUGUCCAAAGUUUUGCUAGAACCUCCUUCAGCGGACAUUGAAGUGGUUCCCAGUUUGAAAGACUUGAGCACAGAAGAACUACCAACCCAGACUCCGGAUUGUUCUUCUCUUGCCUCUCACAACGACACCGAUAUCGUCUGCGCUCUUUCAGGAGACUGCAGCACCACAGCUGAUGUCAACACAUCGAUAGGUGCUUCCACCCUGCUCGACACCUUUGAGGGCCUUACACAUGAUGAUUUAAUCACACUCACCCUGGAGGAGUUUCAGCCUGAUUCGCUUCAGUCUGAGAGGCAACCUGUAAGGGAACCCCAACAAGCAGAAGACCCGAGUAGUCCUGUGAAGACUGAAAACGUAGUUCCUUCUUUACCGGACAGCUCCGUCCCUGCAGCAGAGGGCAACUUGUGUCACAACACUGAUUCUCAGUCUGCUCCUAGCAGCAGCCCAUGUGACUCUGAGUUGUCUGACAACUUGGUGAGUGAUCCCACGUUUGUGCCCAAUGCAAAAAAGCGACGAGGUAGACCACCUAACCUUAGGAAAACCGUCGGCAGGCAGAAAGGUAAAAAAGCAGCUUCCUCCAAAGAUCCUCCGCCUGAACCCUCUGAGACGCCUGAACCUUUGGAGCCACCCAAAUCCGUUUGCCCUGCUCAAAGUAACGCAGCUGCUGUUACAGAGCAGACAUCCACAGUGUCUUCUAUUAACAACUCCUCUCUGCUCUUGACUCAGAAAGAUCGCUGGUCUUACAUACUAAGCAGACACCCUGUUAAUCAAUCUUCUAAAAACAUUUCACAUCCUCCUCCCACACAAAAUGGUGUAAUAUCUGAAAUGAAGCCAUGUCAUCCUGUUCACUCCACUCCCGACCCGGUGAAGAAGCCCCCGAUUCCUGCCAGAGUCCCCAGACCUCCGCUCAGUACAGAAGAACGUACGGGUCUUCCACCAAAAGCUGCAGAGAUGUACGGUGGUUUUGGUGGAAAGAACCCCAACCCUGUCGUUCCUCUUCCAUCGUCAUUACCUCCAACUAUCCCGUCUAACCACCCAGCCCCUGUCACAUGGACGUCUAGUAGGUCACCGCAGCUCUCUGAAAUAUCUUCAUUUAAAAUACCGGGAAGCUCAAAGGUUUCUUCAGGUCUGAGUGACACUGAAACCCUCAGAUACAAACUCUUGAAGAAGCUUAAAGCUAAGAAAAAGAAGCUGGCAAAGCUGAACCAGCUGCUAGGAACUGGAGGAGGGGCCCACCUCAAACCGGACAGCACCGACCUCAACUCUCCAAGCACCGUGAGCUCCAGCACCUAUGAUGGCUCCGCCUGCUCUGACCUGUUGUCCCCGGCAACGACAGCCAGCAGCCUUUCCCCGGACAGCACUGGCUUCCUGGAGAUGUUGGUUAGCGGGCAGGACGGUGCGAACCAGCUGGACUGUGUGGUUAGUGGUGCUGGAGCUGUGACUCCAACCAACUAUCGAACAACUCAGCAUGAAGAUCACAACUUUCUGGAGGAGUUUGAAUUUUUCUCAGAUUUCUUAAGCUAACCGACACAGAUCAAGGACGUUGGUGCACUUUAGCUUUUUACUUUUCGUUACCCUGAAGGCUACAAGCACAGUUAACACAUAUGAGAUGGCGUUGUAAGCUGCCUCGCCUGUUUCUUCAUUUACGUAGGAGUCUUAUGUUUGUGUAAGGCCACAAUUUUACAGCAAGUAAACUCUAUCAUAAUUUUUUUUCUUUUUUUUUUUUCUUUUUUACUUUUUUUUUUAAGCAUUGCACCUUGUUUUUCUUGUGUCCUGUAUGCAAAAAGAUCAUACAGAAGCCUGAUUAAAGGUUGAAACAUUUUUAUUGUUUUUUACAAGUGACUUGAAGCUGAGAGGUUUUUAAUGUCAUUAAAAUAAUUCGAACGUUUUGUUCAUUUGUAACUUAUCAACCUUUGGCCAGCUAUAAAUGUAAUAAAGUAUUUAUGCUACUUUUGA